AUGGCACAGGCAGUCGGAGGAGGUGUGGGGCAAGCCCAUACCCACCCCGAGGGUAGGUCAGAUGCAGCCUUCCAGGAUGUCAUGGCCAGGAUGCUUCUACAUCUUGAUGGGCAACAUGCCAUAGGCGGUGCCCUUACACCUGGUGGUGGUUCCCAGACUAGAGUGGGGGAUUUUUUGGAGAAGUACGUGCUGCGUACUUUGAGGGACGAGCGCAGAGAUGAGUUCUCCUAUUUGCAGCAGAGUGAAAUGUCCAUAUUAGAGUAUGAAGCCAUAUUUCUAUUUUUGGCUAGGUAUACAACCCAGUUAGUUCCUACUGAGGCGGAGAGGGUUCGUAGAUUUAUUGGUGUACUUGUGCUUCAACUCCAUAUUGCUUGUCUCCAGCUUGUGGCCAUGGGUUCUUCUUUUCAGGAUGAUCUAGUGAAAAGAGGCCACAUCAGCCUGGCAGUUAUAGGGGCGAGGGACAGUCUUCCAGACCCUAUCAUUUUCAGUAGCUAUUUUCCUACAGGUUCCCGGUUUCAGACCCCGAGGACUCCGGCACCAUUUAGUAGCCGGGGUAGUUCUUCAGCGAGAGGCGGUGCUCAUUCAGGCUACGGUGGUUCUCAUUCGUCUAGAGGUGGACACCAGUCAGGUAGGGGUGGUUCCCCAGUCUCUCGAGGAGGAGCGGAGUUUAGCCAGAGUGGCCGUGGUGGGGCACAUUGCUAUGCUUUUUGGGGUAGGCUUGAGGUUGAGGCUUCUGAUGCUGUGAUCUCAGGUACUAUUUUUCUUCAGGGUGCUUCGGUAUUUUUGAAGAUUGAUUUGAGGCCAGGCUACUAUCAGCUGAAGAUUCAGGCUGAGGAUAUCUCGAAGACGGCUUUCAAGACUCGUUAUGGUCAUUACGAGUUCUUGGUGAUGUCAUUUGGGUUUACGAAUGCCCUAGCAGCUUUCAUGGACUUGAUGAAUGACAUUUUCAAGCCAUAUUUGCACUCCUUCAUUAUAGUGUUUAUUGGUGAUAUCUCGUUUUAUUCCAAGAGUAGAGAUGAGUAUGAGCAUCAUUUGAGAAUUGUCCUUGAUUUGUUGAGAGAGAAAGGGCUUUAUGCCAAGUUUUUGAAGUGCGAGUUCUGGCUUGAUUCUAUGGCAUUCUUUGGCCACUUCGUGUCAAAAGACGGGCUCAUAGUUGAUCCUAAGAAGAUUGAGGUUGUUAGAGAUUGGGUGAGGACCACUACCGUGAUCGAGAUUCAUAGCUUCGUGGAUUUGGCCAGUUACUACAUUAUAUUUGUGAAGGAGUUUGCUACGAUUGCUUCUCACUUGACCAGAUUGACUCAGAAGGAAGUUCCCUUCCAGUGGUCUGAUGCAUGUGAAGAAAACUUUCGAAAACUCAACACUCCAUUGACCAUUAUUCCGAUAUUGGCAUUAUCCGUGGAGGGUAAGGAUUUAUCCAUUUAUUUUAAUGCAUCUCGAGUUGGCUUUGGAGUUGUGUUGAUGUAG